UGUUCAUUGAGAGAAACAUUUUUUAACUGUGCUAUGGAAUAGAAGCAGGAGGGUUUUCCACCAAGUGACAGUCACUGAGCUGAAUUUACCCCCUCCUCCUUUCCACACCUGCAAAGCCUUCUGCCUGGGUUGAAUAUUUAGUUUAAUUACAUCUCAGCUUUGAGAGCUCCUGUUGCAAAUCCCUGGAUUAAAAGGUCCUGCCGGGCGUCCAUGAACUGAGCCAUGAGGAGGCUGGCUCUGCUCCUUGUGCUCCUGCUGCCAGCAUGCUUGGCCAAGCCAUUCCACCAGCAGGGCCUCUUUGACUUUAUGCUGGAGGACGAGGGCUCGGCCGACAUGGCUCCGACGGACGAUCCCGUCAUCUCCGGCUUCGGGCCCGUGUGCCCCUUCCGCUGCCAGUGCCACCUUCGCGUGGUGCAGUGCUCGGACCUAGGUCUGGAAAAGGUGCCAAAAGACCUUCCCCCAGACACAACCCUGUUGGACUUACAGAACAACAAAAUCACUGAAAUUAAAGAAGGAGAUUUCAAGAACCUGAAGAAUCUUCAUGCAUUGAUCCUUGUCAACAACAAAAUCAGCAAAAUAAGCCCAUUAGCUUUUGCUCCUCUGAAGAAACUGGAAAGACUUUACCUGUCCAAGAACAACCUGAAGGAACUCCCAGAAAACAUGCCGAAGUCUCUCCAGGAGAUACGGGCUCAUGAGAAUGAGAUCUCCAAGUUGAGGAAAGCCGUCUUUAAUGGACUGAAUCAAGUGAUUGUCUUAGAGCUCGGCACCAAUCCAAUCAAGAGCUCAGGCAUUGAGAACGGAGCUUUCCAGGGCAUGAAGAGGCUCUCCUACAUCCGUAUCGCAGACACCAACAUCACAAGCAUCCCAAAGGGCCUUCCUCCAUCCCUUACUGAGCUUCACCUUGAUGGCAACAAAAUCAGCAAAAUUGAUGCUGAAAGUCUCUCUGGACUCACUAACUUGGCAAAACUGGGUCUCAGUUUCAACAGUAUUUCUUCAGUUGAGAAUGGCUCUCUUAACAAUGUACCUCACCUGAGGGAGCUCCACUUGAACAACAAUGAACUUGUCAGAGUACCCAGUGGACUGGGUGAUCACAAAUACAUACAGGUGGUCUACCUUCAUAACAACAAAAUUGCUUCCAUUGGCAUCAACGACUUCUGCCCCCUUGGCUACAACACCAAGAAGGCCAGCUACUCCGGCGUGAGCCUCUUCAGCAACCCCGUGCAGUACUGGGAGAUCCAGCCCUCUGCCUUCCGGUGUAUCCACGAGCGCUCCGCAGUACAGAUUGGGAAUUACAAAUAGAUCUCUAGGGAUGGGGGUCGGUUGUGUGCCAGCUAAAGUGUCUGUCCUCAUAGGCCUGUUCAAAAAACCGUUGCUAACAAUUAACGCCAAAUGCCAGAAACUUCACUUUUAAGUGGAGAUAAUCCAUUGAUGUGGAAUUAAUGAGACAUAACAGAUGUACAAGAGCGAGCAUACCACCAAUCAGAAUUGCCCACUGUGCUUUAAACUGACUUAUUUCAGCCUUCUUUUCCAGCAUGCUUUCUGUGGCAUUUUUCAGUUUGCUGAAUGCUGCAGGUUUUCAGAUUCCACUGUAUAUGAAAUUCAGAGUAAAUAUUUGUCAAGUUAUGAUUUAUUAAAAAAAAAAAAAAGACAGUGAUUGAGGUUAUUUUUAUAGCCACACACAGAGAAAAAAUAGCAGAGGGGAAAAAAGACUCUCAAAUCAUCUUGAGACUUGAGAAGGUAAGAGUUACCUCCUUUAAAUUUAUUUCAAGCCCUGGAGGUUUAAAAAUAUCCACUAUAAGAUAAUUCUGAAUGUAUCUAUUUAGCAGAGGCAAAUAAAGUUGUUGCUAAUGUCAUUAUUUUUGAAAAAAAUAAAUAAAUUUGUAUUUUA